AAGGCCCAGUGGCGCUGUUGUACUUGUGGUGUGAGGUCGUGUGUGUGUGUGUCAGGCUCUCUGGGUCUGCUGCUUCUUACCUCAGUGAGAGGUUUACCCCCGGUCCAUCAGUGAGAGGUUUCCUCUCGGCCCAUCAGUGAGAGGUUUCCUCCCGGUCCCUCAGUGAGAGGUUUCCUUUUUCCUAACUGUAGACAUCCCUGUGUCGGUUCCAUGUAGGUUACGGUGCCUGGACGGGGAGAGUGAGUGAGCUGGCCGGGGUGAGGGCGGUGUUAUCAGUGUGUUUCGGGGUCUUGUAUUUGGGAGAGGAGACGACGGUGAUAGUAUCCUGGGAGAGGAUGGUGCAAGGGAGAGUUUCGACGGGGGAAGCUUAGAGGACGAGGAGGCUGGCUGGCCGUACCUCCUGGGCCGCUGUCACUAAAGGAGAACUAUUACACUGUGGGUGGAGGCUCCGCGGGGAGGAGGAGGUGAGGCUCCAGUGAGCAGGAGGCUCUAGCCCACAGGCUCUCCACCAGGCUCCCUCAUCCCACACUCCGCCAUCCACUUCCACAACCACCACCAUGGCGCCGACCAGGUAGCGAGUGGGACGGCUACCAUGCCAGGAUCAGGUUGUGGUGAGGAGCCGGGAAGGCAUUACUCGCCUGGGGGGCUCCCCAGGUCACCAGGGGUCACGUCGGGGCCCAGGUCAAACUCUUCCAGGUCACCAGCGGUCUCGUCUGGACCCUGGUCGAAGUCUACCUGCCCCGGAAGGUCAUCCUCUGACGGGGUUAUGGUCCGCGGCGAUGCCUGGCAGGCCGGGGGGUCCACUCAGCGUACACCAAUAGAAGCAGGCCGCCCCGGGAAUAAGGGCAGCCUGCUGGAACGAGCAGGAAUGUGGCAGCAGCAGCAGGCACGGUCCCUGGCGUUAGAGCGGCCAUGGCCAGCAGAAGACAUUCCUCGUGGUAGCAGGAGUCCAGCUGCGACAAAAGGAGGGGUGCUGACGUCAACUCCCUGGGAAGCAACAGUGACGGGCGAGGAAGCUGUCCGAUGUAGCAGUAACAGCAGGAGUCCUUGGGCAGCAGAAGACCCUCCCCGAUGUAACAGCAGGAGUCUGGGUGCAUCCGACGGCGGGGCACUACGAUCGUCCGGGUCGUGGAGCACAACAGAAGUAGAGGAACCUCCCCGUCGUACCACCAGCAGGUAUCCUUGGGGGGCGACGGAGGGAGGUGGAGGGGCGCUACGGUCACGCCCGCCCUCCUCCACUACUUCCUGCUCGCACAAGCUCCUGCUGGCGAGCUUCCUACUGCUGGCGAGCUGCCUGGCGCCUGCUGAGUGCGGCAACCCGGACGCCAAGCGGCUGUACGACGACCUACUGUCCAACUACAACAAGCUGGUGCGUCCUGUAGUGAACGUAACGGAUGUCCUCACAGUCAUGAUCAAGCUCAAGCUUUCCCAGCUGAUAGACGUGGUGAGUAUGUGGCUUAUCUCUACCUUAUACCUGGCUUAUCUGGUGUGUACCUGGCUCUAUGGUGUGUACCUGGCUCUGUAGUGUGUACCUGGCUCUAUAAUGUGUGUACCUGGCUCUGUAGUGUGUACCUGGCUCUGUAGUGUGUACCUGGCUCUAUA